AUGCCUGCAUCUUCAAAUCGUUUGAUAUGGCAGUCCCGUUACACCUCUUCCUCCACACUAAAUUCCAAGGCCGCACCGGCCCCUGCGCCUUUGCUACAAAAUGACAUGCCCAAUUUGGAUUAUAAACCACCGGAAUAUAAGGGACCUAGCUAUGAAAAUAUCAAGGAACUAAGGAAGAAUCAUCUCACACCGAAUAUCCAGUCGUAUUAUAAGAAACCUUUACUGAUACACAAUGGCCAUAUGCAGUGGCUGUUCGAUCAUGAUGGUAAUCGAUAUUUGGAUAUGUUCGGCGGUAUUGUAACUGUGUCGGUGGGUCACUGUCAUCCAAAAGUCAACAAGGCAUUGGAGGAGCAAGUCAAGACCCUUUGGCACACCACAAAUAUUUAUAUGCACCCCAAGAUUCAUGAAUAUGCUGAAAAGCUGGCAGCCAAAUUUCCGGGAGAUUUAAAAGCGGUCUGCUUUGUCAAUUCCGGUUCGGAGGCCAAUGAUUUGGCCAUGCUUAUGGCCCGUCUACAUACCGGAAAUCAAGAUAUUCUAACCCUGCGUAAUUGUUAUCAUGGUAUGUCACCAUAUACCAUGGGCCUCACCGCCCAUUCCACAUGGCGUUUCCCCUUGGCCGGAGUAUCGAAUGGCAUACAUCAUGUUAUGAACCCGGAUCCUUAUACAGGGAUUUGGGGUGGUUCGAAUUGUCGUGAUUCGCCCAUACAAACUGAUCGCCAAUGCGAAUGUAAUGCGGAGUCGGGUCAGUGUCGGGCCAGUGAGAUGUAUUACAAUGAAUUGGAACAGACUUUCAAAUAUUCGCUGCCACGUGGUAAAGUGGCUGCCAUGUUUGUCGAAUCGAUUCAGGGUGUGGGUGGCACCGUGCAAUUUCCCAAGGGUUAUGUCAAAAAGGCAGCGGAAUUGGUGCGGGCCAAUGGUGGGGUAUUUGUGGCAGAUGAAGUCCAAACGGGCUUUGGGCGUACCGGAGAACAUUACUGGGGUUUUGAGGGUCAUGGUAUUGUACCGGAUAUUGUUACCAUGGCUAAGGGUAUUGGCAAUGGUUUCCCCAUGGCCGCCGUCGUAACCACACCCGAAAUUGCCAAAUCCCUUGGCAUGGCUUUGCAUUUCAACACCUAUGGUGGUAAUCCUCUGGCCAGUGCUGUCGGUAUUGCUGUCAUGGAUGUCAUGGAAAAGGAACAGCUGCAAAAGAAUUCCCUAUAUGUGGGUACCUACUUCCUCAAAAAAUUAGCAGAACUUCGUGACAGUUAUGAAAUUGUUGGUGAUGUUCGAGGCAAGGGUCUGAUGAUUGGCCUGGAAUUGGUUAGUGAUCGUAAAACCAAAACGCCAUUGGGUGUACCACAUGUCCUGGAGAUAUGGGAACAAUGUAAAGAUAUGGGUGUACUAUUUGGUCGUGGUGGUCUCAAUGGAAAUAUUUUACGCAUUAAACCCCCAAUGUGUAUCUCGAAAACGGAUGUUAAUUUUGCCGUAGAUGUCCUUAAUCGUGCCAUUUCAGAUUUCGUAAUGAAAAAUUAA